AUGACUUCCACUCGCUACAAGUACACCCUAGGGUUCAUUUACUGCCCCAAAACCUCGCAAGUCCUUUUUCUCAACAGACAGAAACUGCCAUGGAUGGGGCGCUGGAACGGUGUUGGCGGGAAGCUUGACGCUGGUGAGUCACCUCUAGAAUGUAUCAUUAGAGAGACCAAAGAAGAGACGGGACUAGACGUGCCUCUGUACAAGGACAAGGGGGUAUUGCGGUGGGUGAAAGAUGACAUUGAUCUUGGAGGCGUUCACUUGUUUGUAGGGGAGGUUUCACCAGAUUUCGUGGCGGCUUACAAGACUCCCAGGUGUUUCUGCCAUGAGGGCGUGCUUGACUGGAAGAAAGUCGAUUGGUUGUUACAUAAGGACAACACAGGUAUUGUGGAUAACAUCAAAAUCAUUUUGGAAAGCUUGUUGACUCUGGAUGAACGGAACGUUUGGAUUGCAGAGUACAAGGAGGGCGUUUUAUUUCGCUGUGAGUCACUAGGGCCAUGCAUUUAG